AUUAAAAAGUUAUUUUUUUGUAACCGCCUCACUCGUUUUUGCACUAUAUAUUUCCUUGUUAUCUUUUCUCAAUACAUAUCUUCACUUCUCAUUUUGAACACACCCCUCAUACAAAGAAAACCCUAAUUCUUCGCUGUCGAUUUCAGAUCCGAUGAAGCGCCAUUUAUGUGGUUCUGGACUUCCGAUCGAAGGAAGCUCAGAGGACGAUAACAACAAGGAUCCUGAUUAUGACGGUGUUAAUAGAGCAGGUCAAGAUUUUUUGAGUAUGAUAGAGGAGAAUGAUGAUGAGGGUGUGAAGUUAAAUCAAGAUAGAGAAGGUGUUAUUGAUUUGAGUGAUUAUGAAGGCAUUGUCUCGGAGUCGGAUCCUGAUGAUGAGGUUUCGAAGAAGAGGAAAAGGGUGGCAAAGAAGAAGGAGGUGGUUAGGAGUCGGAAAAGGGUGGCAAAGAAGAAGGAGGUGUUGGCAGAAGGUAAUAUGGCGGGCUUAAGCAGUCAUGGGGUGCAAGAAGUUCCUGAGCUUGUGGUUGAUGGCGCUGUUGAGUAUAAUAUUAGGAGUAGGAGGAAGAAGAAAGGAAAGGAUAGGCCAAUAUUGUUGUGGGAGGUAUGGGAGGAGGAACAUGAAAGGUGGGUUGCGGCUCAUAAAAAUGCAGACACUGAUUUGGAGAAUCAGAACGAUGUGGUUGCUGAGACUGUUGAAGGUUCACCUAAUUUGAUAAUUCCUUUGCUGAGAUAUCAAAAGGAAUGGUUAGCUUGGGCGUUAGAGCAAGAAAAAUCCGCAGUAAAGGGAGGUAUUCUUGCUGACGAGAUGGGUAUGGGCAAGACAGCCCAAGCAAUUGCCCUUGUCCUAGCUAAGCAGGACUAUAAUCGGACAGUUUGUGAAUCAAGUGGAGCUUCAUCCCCUCUAAAUGCGUCUGAAGGGUUGCCAGAAGUUAAGGCAACCCUUGUGGUAUGUCCGCUGGUUGCUGUCAUCCAGUGGGUGAACGAGAUUAAUCGAUUCACCUUAAGAGGCAGCAACAAGGUGCUAGUAUAUCAUGGUGCCAAUCGGGGAAAGACUCUUUAUGAGUUUUCUGACUACGAUUUUGUAAUUACGACAUAUUCAAUCGUAGAGGCGGAAUAUAGGAAAAACGUGAUGCCUCCUAAACAGAAAUGCAUUUGGUGUGGAAGAUUAUUUUAUGAUCAUAAGAUUUCUGUUCACCAGAAAUAUUUUUGUGGUCCAACUGCUGCUAGAACUCAUAAGCAGGCAAAACAGAUGAAGCUUAAGAAUGCUGGACCAGCUGUUAACAGAUCAGAGAAAGGCAAUGGUACCGAGUCGGUGGAUGAAGGAAAUGAGACUCUAAAAAAAGGGAAGCAGUACAACAAGGGUAAGGCAUUUGGAGCUGGAACUUCUGCCAACAACCCAGAAGGAGCUGAAAAUGGAAUGUCUAACAGAAAAUCUACUCUGCACUCUGUCAAAUGGAAUCGCAUUAUAUUGGAUGAGGCCCAUUAUAUUAAAGAUAGACGCUGUAACACCACAAAAGCUGUUCUUGCCUUGAAGUCCUCCUUCAAAUGGGCUUUGAGUGGCACUCCCCUUCAAAAUCGUGUUGGGGAACUUUACUCUCUUAUCCGCUUCCUCCAGAUUAGUCCUUACUCAUAUUAUUUUUGCAAGGACUGUGAUUGUCGAACACUUGAUUAUAGUUCGAAUACUGACUGUCCAAAUUGCCCACAUAAAUCUAUGAGACACUUCUGCUGGUGGAAUAAACAUAUUGCCACACCAAUACAAGCCCAAGGAAAUAUUGGAUCUGGCAGAAAUGCCAUGAUAUUGCUGAAGCACAAAAUCUUAAAAAGCAUUCUCCUUAGACGUACUAAAAAGGGUAGAGCUGCUGAUCUCGCACUUCCUCCCAGAAUGAUUUCAUUGAGAAAGGACUCGUUGGAUGUCAAGGAAGAAGAUUACUACACAGCAUUGUACAAUGACAGUCGGGCACAGUUUAACACAUAUGUCACAGAAGGAACGGUGAUGAAUAACUAUGCUCAUAUCUUUGAUCUCCUCACACGCUUGCGACAGGCGGUCGACCAUCCCUACCUUGUCGUAUACUCUAAAACUGCCUUGAGCAAGAAUUCAAAUGUGGGGAAUGCUACUAAUGGCGAAGUGAAUACAAGUCAGGUGGAUGAUAAUAAUGGGGAAGUGAUAUGCGGACUGUGUCAUGAUUCAGUAGAAGAUCCUGUGGUUACUGCAUGUGGACAUCCCUUCUGUAAAUCAUGUUUGAUUGGCUUCUCUGCUAGUGUGGGACAAGUCUCAUGCCCUGCAUGUUCGAAACCACUUACUGUGGAUUUCAGUGCAAAAAAUGAUCAUGGAGGACAGGAUGCUAAAUCAGCCAUUAAAGGUUUUAAGCGCUCAAGUAUUCUCAACAGAAUUCGGCUUAAUGACUUUCAGACUAGCACUAAGAUAGAAGCUUUGAGGGAAGAAAUUAGAUUUAUGGUUGAGAGGGAUGGUUCAGCAAAGGGAAUUGUUUUUAGCCAGUUUACCUCGUUUUUGGACUUGAUACAUUAUUCCCUGCAAAAGUCUGGAGUUCAGUGUGUUCAGUUGGAUGGAUCUAUGUCUAUGAAUGCAAGAGAUGCUGCCAUCACAAGAUUUACUGAUGAUCCAGGCUGUAGAAUAUUUCUCAUGAGCUUGAAAGCGGGUGGCGUUGCCCUUAAUCUCACAGUAGCAUCACAUGUAUUCUUGAUGGACCCUUGGUGGAAUCCAGCCGUUGAGCGGCAGGCCCAAGAUAGAAUACAUAGAAUAGGACAGUUUAAACCUAUCAGGGUUGUGAGAUUCGUUAUAGAAGGUACAAUCGAGGAAAGAAUUUUGAAGUUGCAAGAAAAAAAGGAAUUGGUAUUUGAAGGAACUGUGGGUGGCUCGGCAGACGCUUUGGGGAAGUUAACGGAGGCAGACAUGAGAUUCCUUUUUGUUACAUAGAUGCUGCAAUCACAUGGAAGCCUUUUGCAUAUUUUGCUUAAAUUUUACUAGUUACUUCUUUUCUAGUUCUCUAAUCGUAUAAGAACCAGUCAAACAUUUUGUCAUAAUUAUCAUCUUUCCGUUUAAUACUCUGAGUCUCUGACAAUAGCAUAUCAAAUGGAUGGAGGUUUUUAAAAUAUCGUUGAGAUUUACUGGAAGCCUUGUUUACUAUUAAUAGGGAGGUGUCUUCCUUGCUUCUAUUCAACUUUCUGCUAGUAUUUUAUUAAAUAUGAUCGCAUUCAGCAUCUUUGCCUGGUAA